GGCACUGCAGUAAACUCCUCCACUGUGUGUUUUCUCAAUCACGGCCAUGCCUUGUGUUUUGUUAAAUCUUUGUGAAUACGACACUCAAAAACUUGUGAAAAUCAAGAGCGUUAAACUUGGAUCACUUAAAUGGACGUUAAACGGAGUUAUCUUGAUGUUCAUUUGUAUAAUGUUGUUGUGGAAUAAAGGAUAUCAGGAGUAUGACCUCGUUGUGAGUUCAGUCACUUCAAAAGUCAAAGGAGUGGCAAAACUAAAUAUACCAGAUAUUGGCGAGGUCGUGUGGGAUGUGGUGGACCACAGUGGGACAUCUCAGGGGAAAAACUCUUUUUUCGUGGCGACAAAUGUCAUAGUCACACAGAACCAAAAACAAGCUAAUUGUCCAGAGGUACCACCGUAUGGGAAACUGUGCCGAACAGAUAAGGAUUGUGAGAAAGGAUUUUCUGACCAGUAUAGCCAUGGUGUUCAAACAGGAGCCUGUGUGAAGUUUGAUGUGAUGAAGAAAACAUGUGAAGUUUCAACUUGGUGCCCAAUUGAAAACAAGAAAAGACCCAGACCUGCUCUUUUGGCAUCUGCAGAAAACUUCACUGUGAUGAUCAAGAAUAACAUCAGAUUUCCAGCAUUUAAUUACAUACGGAGAAACAUCUUGCCUGAAUUGAAGGAUACCGAUCUAAAAGGUUGCAUCUAUAACCGCUACAAAAAUCCAUACUGUCCUAUUUUCCGGCUGGGAGAUAUUGUGAGUGAGGCCAAAGAGAACUUUGGGGAUAUGGCUGUGGAGGUAAAGCCUUAUUUUUAUAAUCUCCGGGGAGGUGUGGUUGGAAUACAGAUCAACUGGGAUUGUGAUCUGAACAGAAUCUUUCACAGCUGUCUGCCUAAAUACUCGUUCCGUCGCUUAGAUGAGAAAGAGAGCAACAAGACCCUUUACCCUGGAUUUAACUUCAGGUUUGCAAGAUACUCUACAGUAAAUGGUGUGGAGCAGAGAACUCUGUUUAAAAUAUACGGUAUUAGGUUUGAUGUCAUGGUUUUUGGAAAGGCUGGUAGGUUCAGCAUCAUUCAGGUUAUCAUCUACAUUGGAUCAACGCUCUCAUAUUACGCUCUUACAACAGUUCUCCUUGACUGGCUUAUUGGAACUAGUUGUUACUCCAAAGAAGCAAAACAGAACUACUCAGAGAGGAAGUUUGAGUCCGUACAGGACCGAGAAGAGUGCUUCCUUUGCGUGUCGUUUGUGGAUGAGGACAAGUUAAGAGUGGUGAAAAAGUCCAGAAAGAAAACUCUACAGCAGACUAAACCUCUUUCUCUACAUCAGAGGAAAAAUGAUUUGGCCAGCAUGAGGACUCUGAUCAGUGUUAUGCAGUGUGGACCGAGCAGAAGUUUACCGGUACAGAAUGGGCAGAGCAGUGGGCUUUCCAGAAACACAGACACACCGUUGCUGGAGAAGUCACAGUCUGGAUGUCAGGCCUGGUGUCAGUGUGGAUGCUGCCCGCCUUCUGCCACCCUGCACGAGCAGCUUUGCUGCCGAUUGGGUAAAGGGCGCUGCAUAACCUCCUCCCCUAUUUUGUCCACACUGAUCCUCAGUCGCUCCGUCCUCGAGACAGCAUUGUUCUAUGUGGAUCCCCUUGCGGAGCUGCACGAAGGGGCUCAGCUGCGCCAUGGGGCCUACGCUCAAUACAUUAGAUGGCGGUUUGGUGACAGCACACCCAGAGAUGCUGUUCCAGUAAUACCCAGUUGCUGCAUUGGGAGAAUAAGGGCAGAAUACCCCAGCCCUGAUGGUAAAUAUGGCGGGCUAAGACUUCACCAGGCCACGCCCUCUCAGGCAGAGUUUAAUGCACAAUGAACUUCAUCAACAGUUUUUUAAACACACGAUCAACCUGAAUGUUAAUAACAUGUCAUAACAGGGAAUGCUACUAACUACAGACAAUAAUAGAGUUUUUUUACAGUUUAAACCUGCCAGCAACCAAAAGAAAAUCAAUAUUAACCACAAGCACUUCAGCAGAAGAAGGAUGUCAAACUUCUUUCUAAUACAGAUGCCUUUAAACUUAACAAAACAAAUCUUGAGAGCUUGAGCAUGUAACGGUAUUUUGGUUUAUUGAUAAUUUGAAAUGCUGUUAAACACUGAUCGAGGAAAAAUAGAUCAAGUAUAUCAUCAUAUUAAAAUGAAAUUAAAUGUAUGAAGUACACUUUAUAUAAAAUUUAUGUUAGGAUAUAUUUGAUUUAAUCGUAAAAGUGUCCUU